CAUAAACUCGAGCUUAAACAGACGUAAAUAACGUAUACUCGCCGAUAUGAGUGAGUAAAAUGAACGUCACACCUUUAGAAUAACAACUAAUUUGAUGCUCGCUACUUGUUCAUCAUUCAAGACGAACGAAAAAAAUAGCUCGACGUCCUCAAAAAUAUCACGACUCGUUUCUAUUCAUCUGUCGUUAGUAAAACACGUGAAGCUUGAUGGUCUCCGUGAGAGAUUUAAGCGACAUUUUCGACAAGGAUUAGCAUCAUCAGCUAGCCAGUGGCCGGAUAACGGCCCGAGUUGCAACAAAGACGAGAAGCUCGACAAACGAAACAAGCGAACAGAUGUGGAUUUUAAAAGCUAAAAGUCAGCAUUUUGGGAGGCGCCAGGCCUCGAAAAACAAGCAUCAUGCUGUUACUGCAGCUCCACUGGAGGAGAAAAAAUGAAAGGGGAGAAAAAAGUGGGCUUUCUCGCCCCCCUUUAUGCCCGCUGGGAGCCGCCAAGACCGCCUCUGGAUUAAGCCUCCGCCUUUAAACUCCCAACAAGAAGGCAAAACUUCAAAAGGCCCCGUCGGCCGUCGGGGCUCCGCCCUCGCGCGCCCCGACGGCUUCACAAAGGAUUUGCCGACGUUCGGGAAUUCCGCCUCCGCUUCCUUUUAUAGCAGCACCCCCUCUGAGGCCACGCCUAUAGAUACACAAAAGCCUCUGUGACGACACACGUCUCCGCCCCUAUCACCAAAUAAGGAUUGCCUGCCCAUGUAGGGCAAACAAUCGGCGCGAGAGUGCCCCUUUUCUCUUCCUUAUCCUGUUUAUAUGAUCGGAGAGGCUCGGCGAAGCAGGUCGGAAGCGGUGCGAACAUGGCCGAGCGAGUCCAGCAGCCUCCAGCCAAGCGGCUCUGCUGCCGGCCCGGCUACAACCCGGCGUGCAGGCAGGGGCAGCGGGCUGGAGGAGUCCUGUGUGGCGGCAGCGGCGGCGGUUCGGGCUCCGCCGCGGGGCAGAGCGGCAAGGCGCACAACCCGGAGUCGCUGCUCGACAUCGCGGCGCGCCGAGUGGCUGAGAAGUGGCCCUUCCAACGGGUGGAGGAGCGCUUCGAGCGGAUCCCGGAGCCCGUGCAGCGCCGGAUCGUAUAUUGGUCGUUCCCGCGGAGCGAGAAGGAGAUCUGCAUGUACUCGUCUUUCAACGCCGGGGCCGAGGAGAGUGGAACUAGCGGGGACAAUAACGACGAGACUCAGCUGCCUUUCCUGCGGGGUGUCACUCUCCUGGAGGGCGGCUGGGUGGACAACGUACUGCAAGUCGGUUUCCAUCUGAGCGGCACAGUAACGGACCCCGCCACGCCCUCGUCCCCAGAACUCGUAUGCAGCGUCAGCGUCAGCUUCGACCGUUGCAAGAUCACCGCGGUCACGUGCACUUGCGGCAACAAGGACAUCUUCUAUUGCGCCCACGUGGUGGCGCUCUCGCUUUAUCGGGUACGCAAGCCCGAGCAGGUCAAACUGCACCUGCCCAUCUCGGAAACCUUGUUCCAGAUGAGCCGUGACCAGCUGCAGAAAUUCGUCCAGUAUCUCAUCUCUGUCCACCACACGGAGGUGUUGCCCACUGCACAGAAAUUGGCCGACGAGAUCCUGUCACAGAACUCCGAGAUCAACCAGGUCCAUGGGGCACCGGACCCCACAGCAGGGGCCAGCGUGGACGACGAGAAUUGCUGGCAUCUGGAUGAGGAGCAGGUUCAGGAGCAAGUCAAGCUCUUCCUGUCCCAGGGAGGAUACCACGGCUCGGGCAAGCAGCUCAACCUGCUCUUCAGCAAGGUGCGAGAGAUGCUGAAGAUGCGUGACUCCAACGGAGCGAGGAUGUUAACACUGAUCACAGAGCAGUUCAUGGCCGACCCUCGGCUGGCGCUGUGGAGACAGCAAGGCACCACCAUGACAGACAAGUACAGACAGCUCUGGGACGAACCAGGUGCCCUGUGGAUGUGCAUCGUACUGAACCCGCACUGCAAGGCGGAGCAAAAGUCAUCCUGGUUGCGGCAGCUGCGCAGGUGGAACAGCGUGGACGUGUGUCCGUGGGAAGACGGAAACCACGGCAACGAGCUGCCCAACCUCACCCACUCGCUCCCACAGGGUGCCCACAGCAACCAGGAGAUGCGGCCCCACAGGACUGUUUUCACGCGGGCCAUCGAGGCCUGCGACCUGCACUGGCAGGACCGCCACCUCCAGCACAUCAUCGCCAGUGACCUCUACGCCAACUACUGUUACCACGACAACCAGGAGGGCUCACUGUUUGACGCCCGCGGCUGGCCCUUGUGGCACGAACACGUCCCGACAGCCUGCGCCAGGGUGGAUGCCCUACGGUCCCACGGUUACCCACGAGAAGCACUCCGCCUGGCCAUCGCCGUUGUGAACACGUUACGGCGGCAACAGCAGCGGCAACUCGAGCACUUCCGCCGGCAUAAAAAAGAGUUGCUCCAUAAAGGCCACACUUCAAUUACCAACAUGGAGGGCUGGGUGGGACACCCACUGGAUCCCAUCGGCACCCUCUUCAGUACUCUGACAGAGUCGGGACGGGUGGGAGAGGAGGGAUCUAAUACCUGCUUGGAUCUCUCAGACUGCUCCAGUGUGGUGACUCGUGCGGACCUCCAGCGAAUGCCCGUCCAGAGACUGCUCGGCGACGGCGAGUCGUACGUGGCGCUGGCGGUGGAGACGGCCCUGAUGGGCCUGGGCCAGCAGCGCGUCAUGCCCGACGGCUUGUACGCUCAGGAGAAGGUGUGCCGCAACGAGGAGCAGCUGCUGGCCAAGCUUCAAGAAGUAGAACUGGACGAUUCGCUGGUCAAGAUCUUCCGCAAGGAGGCCGUCUUUCUGCUCGAAGCUGGUCCGUACUCCGGCCUUGGGGAGAUCGUCCAUCGAGAGAGCGUCCCCAUGCACACCUUCGCCCGUUAUCUCUUCACCUCCCUCCUACCUCAUGACGCUGAACUGGCGUACAAAAUUGCACUGAGAGCCAUGCGGUUGCCCGUGUUGGAGUCAACAGCAUCGUCCGGCGACCUGUCCCGGCCUCACCACAUCGUGUCGGUGGUGCCCAACCGCUAUCCGCGCUGGUUCACCCUCAGCCACAUCGAGUCUCAGCAGUGUGAGCUGGCCUCCACCAUGCUCACCGCCGCCAAAGGUGACAGUCGCAGGCUGGAGACGGUGCUGGAGUCCAUCCAGAAAAACAUCCACUCGUCGUCUCACAUCUUCAAACUGGCGCAGGACGCGUUCAAGAUCGCCACUCUGAUGGACAGCCUGCCCGACAUCACGUUGCUAAAAGUUGCUCUGGAGCUCGGACUGCAGGUGAUGAGAAUAACACUGUCCACAUUGAACUGGAGGCGGCGGGAAAUGGUGCGCUGGUUAGUCACAUGUGCCACCGAAGUUGGCGUGUACGCACUGGACAGCAUCAUGCAGAGCUGGUUCACCCUGUUCACCCCCACCGAGGCCACCAGCAUCGUGGCCACCACGGUCAUGUCCAACAGCACCAUCGUGCGCCUGCACCUGGACUGCCACCAGCAGGAGAACCUGGCCUCGUCGGCGCGCACCCUGGCCCUGCAGUGCGCCAUGAAGGACCCCCAGAACUGCGCCCUGUCGGCUCUGACGCUCUGCGAAAAGGACCACAUUGCCUUCGAGACAGCCUACCAGAUUGUACUGGAGGCGGCCGCCACGGGGAUGAGCUACACGCAGCUGUUCACCAUCGCGCGCUACAUGGAGCACCGCGGCUACCCCAUGCGCGCGUACAAGCUGGCCACGCUGGCCAUGGCGCACCUCAAUCUCAGCUACAACCAGGACACGCAUCCGGCCAUCAACGACGUGCUGUGGGCCUGCGCGCUCAGCCACUCGUUGGGCAAGAACGAGCUGGCCGCUGUCAUCCCCCUGGUGGUGAAGAGCGUCAAGUGCGCCACCGUGCUGUCGGACAUCUUGCGCCGCUGCACGCUGACCACGCCGGGCAUGGUGUCGGCGCUGCACAGCCGGCGGAACUCGGGCAAGCUCAUGUCGCUGGACAAGGCGCCGCUCAGGCAGCUGUUGGACGCCACCAUCGGGGCCUACAUCAACACCACGCACUCGCGCCUCACGCACAUCAGCCCUCGCCACUACAGCGAGUUCAUCGAGUUCCUGGGCAAGGCGCGCGAGACCUUCAUGAUGGCGCACGACGGACACAUCCAGUUCACGCAGUUCAUAGACAACCUGAAACAGAUCUACAAGGGCAAAAAGAAACUCAUGAUGCUGGUGAGGGAGCGCUUCGGCUAAGCUCCGCUACUUUUCUACCAACUCGAGUCUGCCUUUUUUUUUUUUUUUUUUUUUUUUUUUGGGAACUUCCGGGGAAGAAAAAGAAAAAAAGAGAGAGAGAGAAAGGACGUCGAAAUGAAGCGAUGAAGCGGAAAAGGAAAAACAAACAAACUCCACAGAGCCACACGCGGUAUUAUUGUUCUUGCUGUUGUUCUCGUUACAAACAUUAUUGCUAUUAUUAUUAUUGAUAAUAAUAUUAUUACUACUAUGUGUACAGAAGUGUUUUAUUUUUUUUUCACGAGAGAGGAAAUUCGUCACGUUGUGAAUGUUGUGUGUCUGCGUGCGUAUGAAAGGAGAACGACGUUUUUGUUUUGAAACAUUGUUUUUUUUUUCUCUGUUAAGUUCUACAGGUGCAUCUUAGUACACAAGAAUAGCCGCGAAAAUGUUCAUGUAGUUCAGGAGUUCAGUUCAAAAAGUCCAUUCUAGAAUUCACGACACAGAAUGAAAUAUUUCGUGAAAUAUAUUUUAGGUAAGAAACAGUCCAGGAAUUGGCCGAGCAAGCUACCGAGGGUCCUGUAGUAUUGAUUGCCUCAAUCACUCAUUUUUUGAAAAUAGAUUUUUUUUUUUUAUAUAAACAAUACAAUGAAAUGUACCUUACUAAAUAAUUGGUUAUGUAAUUACUUAAAAAUUUGAAUGAUUUAAAUUAUUAAAGUUAACAAUGUUACAUAUUAAAAUUAAAAAUUUUAAUAAUCUUAUUUUGACAUAAUUGCCCAUCCUGUUUUUCUGUUUUACCGUAUCCAAAAAUGACAUGGCCCAAAUCUGUCCAUUAAAAAGUGAAGAGGAACUUUUUGAAUUGAACUUCCUGAACGUUUCUACCAUUUUCCAGUGUGUUGAGAUGCACCCGUAUGUGGCUGAAGGCCCUCCACAGUAGCGCUCGUGUUAUUAAAAAGAACGAAACAAAAAAAUUCGCAUCCUCGGAAGACAAACUAAGGCUUUAAAAUCACACACAGAGCACCUCCUCUUUGUCCCCCGGACCCCUCCAACGGGGGGCACCAGGCAGCACUGCACAGUUAAAAAA